CCGCCCCGCGCUGCGCCGCAGUUCUCGCGAGAGCCGCGCCGGCCACUGCUCCACGCUCCGGCCCUGCAGGACGAGCCGCCGCCGCCGGAACCUCGUGGGAGACGGCUAAAGAAGUCUUGCUAAAGUCAGGGUGCAUCACAUCCACUGCUUCCCCCAACCACAGAGGCUAUCGUCUUAUCAUAGAAGGGAAUCAGUGUGUCCAGAACGUUUUCAAGAAUGAGUCGACCACAGGACAGGACUGGACACUCCUGCAGUAAGGAGUCUCUUGCAAAGUGCCUUCAAGCUAAGAAGGACUUGGAGACAGCUCUUGGUGGGAUCGUCAAGGCUGAACAGCAGAUUAAAGACAACUGGAGAGAGGUCAAAGCUCAGAUUCACAGCUGCAUAAGUCGCCAUCUGGAAUGCCUGCGCAGUCGGGAAGUUUGGCUGUUUGAACAGGUGGAUCUCAUUCAGCAACUCAAAGAGGAAGCUUUACAGCAGCAAGCACAACAGCUUUACUGGCUGUUGGGCCAGUUCAAUUGUAUUAUUCAUCAACUGGAACACCCCCAUAGUAAUGACCUAGCCAAUCAGAUUUCGGUGUGCCUGGAGAGAUUGGGUAACUUGACCCUUAAACCAGAAGAGUCCUCCAUCCUGAACUUUGAAGCUGAUAUGUCCUACCUUCGUCAGGCUAUUACAUCAUUUGGCUCCAUCAAAACUAUGCAAACUUCAGAGACAGAAAAUUGUUCUCCUUGGAUACCAGUGCAGAACUGUAUCCUGGCCAACUAUGAACAGCAGAAACCACUGUAUGGAACAUUGGGGUCCCCACUCACUGACUGGCUACUUGGAAGCAAACCUGCUAAUGUUUGUCAGGCUUCGCAUGUUCCUAGCACCAGUGCUGAUGACUGGCUUAUGAAAAGGAAUGUGCCAGAGACCAACCAGGAUGUAAGUCCUUCCAAAGCCUGUUAUUUUGAGCAAGACUGGGGAAACCUGAAAGAUCUGGAAAACUGGCUCCUUCAGAAUCAGCAAAGAGAAUAUUCUGAGAGGACAGAUUCCCAUAGAAACAAGAGUUCCACCACCUCCACCUCCAUUGAAAAGAGCGCAGACCCGGAGUCCCAGGAGCAAGACGAGAUGGAUCUUUCUGACUGGUUGCUUACUCCUCCUCCUGAUCAAGAAAAAAAUAGUGCUUCAGAUGAGAAAUUGAAAUAUGAAUUCAGGCCUUUUAGGGAGGAAUUUAACAUAAUUGAUUGGCUCUCCAAACCUGAGUCCUGUGCUAAUUGCUGUAUUAGCCAGGCCAAGGGUGUAGAGAUUGAAAAUCUUGGGAAUCUUAAGUGCCUGAAUGAAUACCUAGAUGUGAAGAAGUCUCCCACUGUGUCAAACAAUGCUUGGCUCCUUCAGCACCCACAGACACCACUUAAAGUGGAAGAUGUGUGCAAAGCUAAUGAGCUAUGUAACAGCUUUUCAGAGUGUGUGUGUGAUGAAAACUGUGAAAAAGAGGCUCUCUGCAAGUGGCUUCUGAAAAAAGAAGGAAAAGAUAAAAAUGGUGUUUCAGUAGGCCAGAUGCCUCUACUGAACCCUGAGCCUGAAAAACUAAAUCCUGCUGUCAACAUCUGGCUUCCCCCUUCUAGGCAGUUUGUUGAAGAAUCAGCAGCUACUGCAGAUAAUUUAGAGAAAGUUGUCAGACCCCUGAAAGCAUUGCUUGAAAGUCCUUUGACAGAUUGGCUAGCUAAAUCAGAGCACAAAGCAGCAAGCACAGAAGAAAAGGCAAGUAAGGAGAAAGCAGAUGUUAGCUUCAAGAGUCCUUUUCUAGACCUCCUGGCCCCAUUCCACCUUCCUUUGAAUGUAAACAGUUGGGUGAUGAAUUCCAAGAAUACAGAAAAUGCCAAUCAGACUCCAUUGGAAGACAAAUGGUUGCUACGUAAAAAAGCACAAGACUUUGGCCUUCCUACUGUUUGUGACCUUUUUGCCUGCAUGAAACUUAAUGGAGAAACAGAAAAGUGGCUGUACCAGACUCCUUUACAGAUGUGAAGACACAAGAUUGUCACAUCUCAUUCUGCUGAUCACCACAUUCAUGCCCAGUGACUGCAGCCAGCUGAAUUUGUCAUGUUUGCCUCCGACUAAUCUGCUUUAUUUUUCUUCCAAACUGAACUAAAGGAAAAACCAUUCAUAUAUUAACUGAAUUAAGGUGCAGAAAUGCCUUUGUGUUAUACUGACUGAUUCCCAAGCACAGGUCCAGUGUAUAUAAGCACACCAACACAAUAGAUGUUGGGAGUUUGUAUCCUUCGUGAGCCUGUGUGAAUCAUUAUGGGUUGGUACUUGAAGUAUGCUGAAGCCAGCAGUUAUGAAAUGAAUGUCAUGGUGCUUUUAAAUCGCCAUCUGGUGUUUAGACUGUACUACAGGAUUGCAGUUUUUUAACCCAAAGGUUUGCCCUUGUCUGUCAUAAGAUGCACCCCAGCCUUUACUAGCCCUUAGCUGUGUCUGUCAUGAAACUUCUAGCCUUCAAAGGUUUUAUUUGCAUUCUGUUUUUUUUAAUAAUGCAAGCUCAAAGCCAUUGUGAAUUUUGAAAACCUACAGUGCUAGUCCUUUAGAGUGAUUUAGUAAAAACGAACUUACCCUCCUGACAGGUUUUUCCCUUAAACGAGUUUUUCAGGUGUCUAGAACAGGUGUAAGAUUUGGCUCUUCCUUUUCAAAUUAAUGUCAAACUGAAAGGUUUUCAGUGCUGUUAAUCCUGAUGCAUCGGAAGACCAAGAGCCAACAUUUAAAAAGGUAACAGUUGAAAUUUUACUGAAAAGAAUUGAAUAACUUCAGUUUUUAGACUAAUUUAAUGACUUACUGGUCUAUCGAAACAACUGCUAUCGUUCUGUUAAGCUAGAAAACACUAUACUGAUGAUCUGUUUUAAGAGUGUUUCAUAUAUUAAAGGUGCCUGUUCCUUUAGUAUCUAACUGCAGAGAAGCAAGGUCAGAUUAAUUUUGUUCACUGUAACAGUGACUGAACAUGAAAUAUCUCCUUUUAGCAUCCAACAUUUUUAUCCUUUAGCAACCUUGGUAUUUUGAAUUUAAAUUACCUCUGCAUUUAGGAUUUUAAGCCAUUAGUGUGUUAAGCGCAAAUAUGGAGUGUGUUGGCUACCUUUGUGAGAGAAAAUCAGCAGAGCUAUUUAAUUUCUUUUGUUCACAAACUUUGAGGGAUUUUGCAAAAUAUUUUUUCUUAAAGCUUGCCUGGAAUACAAAUGGAAAGAUUGGGUAUUGCUAUAGCGUGAGAGCAUUCCUGUUGACAAUCAGUAUUUUAGUAGCUUGUUAGUUAAAUGUUAGAAAAAAAAUCUUAAACCUUUGCACACUGAAGUUAUAGUUUCACUUUGGGAGAAUGUGCACAUUGACAAUAUAAACCCUAUGAGCUUAAGCUUAGUGGACCACUUAAAAAACCUGUCUUCUAACACCUUGAGCCUUUUACUGAAAGUAGAAUGAUGAUGAAUUUGUGAAAUUCAGUUUUUUUACUGAACACAUCUUGCUGCUUGGAAACACUAACACCAGGGACAGCCUAUUUGAUUGACAGAUGAACUUAAAAGAUGAGGGGAGUGCCCAACUCACUUUUUAUAGCUUUGCAAGUCAGCGUGUGUUCAUUUAGUCAGUACAUUGUGAGCCAUGAAACUUUAUUCAUUUAUUUUUCUCAACUGACUCCAGUUUAGUUAUGCUAAUGAAUAUUUAUGUAAAACAUUGGUGAGUCUUUUCCAUUAAAACAACAUUGCAGUCAAA